UCUUCACUGUGGACAUUAUUGCAACUGCAAGGCCCUAAUACCACUCCACGGUAUACCCUCCUCAGCACCUACCUUGACGCCCACCAUCGGCCUGCCGCGGGCGGGUCUUUACCGCCUCUGCCGUCAAUACUUAGCUAAAGGCUGUUCGUCCGCAUACAAAAAGUAGGAGCAGGCCUCUUCCUAACGCGCACACCUUGCGGGUCUUUCCAUUCCAGCCCCUCGGGCACCGCCAAAUCUCGUGAUUCCGCAGGAUUCACAGUGCAUCACCCAAGCCUGGGCAUCGCGUUGAUUCUCCUCUGCGCCGCUCUGCUCUGCUCUGCUACCCUUCUUGCUGAAGCCUCCAAGACAUAGACAGACAACACCGCUGGGCUCCCACAUCCACGUCAUACAGUAUGAGCAAUAGCACAGGCAUGAGCUCGACGAUGUCGGACGCACACGAUCCUUCACAACUCCUCCACCUCCGUAAGGGCCUCCAUCCCACCGCACCGGACACGCCUGAUGCUCGCGCCGUGUUCAUCCACGCGGGAGCUGGGUUGCAACGAGACGAUAUUAUUGGCAGCACGGGCGGAAGUGCAAGUGCAAGCGAGUCGAGAUCCAACUUGACUACCUUACCGCCAAGCGUAGCAGAUAGCGCCCCUCCGCAGGUCUUUGCAGCCGACAACCAAGCAGACAUGGCGGCCCCGGCGCAAUACGCCAAGCCCCUCGAGGUGCACCUGGACGUGGAUGUCCCGAGUCCGAGCAAGACUCGACAUGGCUCAUACAGCCAGCACCUGGCGCUUGCCACGCGGAAAAGUAAGAGUGGCAUGGUCUCCUUCUUUAUGCCCUCCCAGCCCCCCUCAAACCUUGAUGCAGCGUAUGGCACCUACCACGACGCGGCUGCCGAACAAGCGGGGGAGUACAGGUUCAACUUUAGCGGCGCGCAACACCAAGCGUUCGAGAAGGCCUCCACAUCGUCUCCUUCCUCUUCGUACUCGCCAUCCGUGUCGUCGUUGUCGCAGGAUAUGUACGACGAGAAGAGCGCCGGCGUCGGGGCAGCUGCCGCAGGCGCAGCAGCAUAUAGCCUGCUCCCGCGCGCCGGCAGGCGAGGGGGACCUGCACGCUCUGGUGCUAGACUGCUGUCCGUUCAGUCUGCGAACCGUCCGCUCCGCAACGCCUUCUUCGUGCUCGUGCUCUGUGCGCUGUUCCUCCUCGCCACACUUGGUCUAUCGCUUUACCGCCCUCGCCUGAGCACUGUAGGUGCACCUACGGCAGCAAACAAUGCCGCAGCCGAAGGAACCGCUGCCGUUAACACCUGGCAAUUGUUCCCCUCCGGCGGCGCUGCUCCUGGGAAUAAAGGGAAGUUAUCAGCCAUUUCGGUCGCUGCCGCCGCUCCUGCUGCUGCCGGCACUUUGCCUUCCGGGGCCGAACUGGAGCCGGAGUGGGAGUGGGCAAGGGACGUCAGUCUAGUGUACACUUGGGUGAAUGGCUCCGAUCCAACAUUUGCAGCGCAGCGAAAAGCCUUGGGCGGCCAGGUAGGCGGCAACCGCGAUCGCGACAACGAGGAUCUGCGCUUCAGCCUGCGCACGCUCCAUCGCCAGCUGCCCUGGCACACCGGCAAGAUCUUCAUCGUCAGCCCUUCGCCUCCCAGCUGGGCUCGUCUCGGCUCAGAGAUCUCGAAAUCUGGCUUCAUGAAGGAGUCGUCCGCCUCUAACGUGCAGAACAGCAGGCUUGUAUGGGUGCAUCAGGACGCGAUCAUCCCGCGCGAUGCACAGCCCACCUUCAGCUCCAACGUCGUCGAGCAAUACCUUCACCUUGUGCCCGGCCUGACGGAGCAUUUCAUCCAUUGCAACGACGACUACAUGUUCGUGUCACCCGUACACCCCCGCGACUUUUUCACGCCGACGCGCGGCGUUCGACAGUACCUCGAAGAAUCGCCGAUCGUGCUCCCGGACCAGUACAAGACGCACCACAUGUCGCCGAACAGCAACGUGUGGCGACAGAGCGUGUACAACACGGUCACCGCGAUCCAGAAGGCGUACGCGCCCAUUAAGCACUUCCCCCCGCGCUGGCUGAAGCACGCACCGUUUGUGUACACGCGCACAGCGUUCCUCGGCAUGCACCAGCGCUUCUGGCGCGAGCUGCACGAGACGAGCCAGAAUAAGUUCCGUUCGAGCAAAGAUGUGAUCACGCCGUUGCUCGUGCACUCUUACGUCGCGCAGGAGGGCAGCCAUGCGCUGGGGCUGCAGUUUGAUAUCAUGAACGACAAUGAGGCGCGCGACACGACGCUCCUCGUCAAGUGGACCUCCAACGACGACGAGACAGACCGCGUGAGGCAGUCUAUCGUCGAGCGCAUCAAAACGGGCAAGCUCAAGUUCCUCACCAUCAAUGACGAAAUUGGCACUGGCGCAGGCGUCGCAAAGGCGCAGGCGAAGCUCGAGCAUUUGUACCAGACCCUGUUUGGCAGCGAGAAGAGCAUUUUUGAGCUGUAGGAGUCCCGUCGACGAGCAUCACCGGCCUGCGGCCAGCAUCCAUCCAUACACAUAGAUAGCAUGGUGCAAGCACACAGCUUUGCAUGGAGCCGUGCCUUGCUAUUCUGCAUUCACACACUCCGCCUCAUUGUAACACUAUUUCCCCUAGCAUACUCAACCAUCAACGACGCUUCCACCUGCUCGAGUACAUGAACGGCUUGCCUGCCUAAAGAGUUGAGCCUUAGAU